CGACCGCUGUUGGGUUGGCAUCACUGCGCGCGCGUUAUGCGUUUGUCUGCGUCGUUGUCGUCCGUCACGGCCGACGUGAUUCCGUUACAUCGCCACCGCUACGUCGUUUUGUGGCUGGGUUUCCCCGCCCCGGAGGGUUGACGCGCAUAUGGUGGCCAAAAACAAAGUCGCAUCGCCGCGAUGUCUGCGAUUCCACGGAUGCCCGGACAACGACAACAACCGUCUCCACCGCCGACAAUUAUGAAGGAACGUACUUGUCGGUAUUUCGCGAACAUCUAAUUGGCCACCUGCAGUGCACUACUCGGCCUCCGAGAGCCCUCAGUUUCGCGUUUUGUGCGCUUGAUUCAUUAUUUCCGAGGUAAUGGUCUAGAUCGACCACAGAGCUUUGCCUACUUUCAUCUCCCAGUUGUUUAAAACUACACAACACAAGAGCUAAAUUCUCAAGUUCGCAUUGUGAAUUCCAUCAUAACUUGAAAGAAUGUUGCUUUCUGGGUUGGUCGAUAAUGUAGCGGAGACAAAGUGAUCACCCAAUAUAGGUUCUCAAAGUGAAAAGUGUGCCCUGGAUUUAUAAUUUCUGUUACAAGUGAGAAUUAGUGGUGCUGGAUCUUAUUAUUUCCAACAUUCUCCCAGUGAUUACUGUGUCUUCGUGCCUACUCGAGUGAUUUUUAGUGCUGUGAUAUCUGCGAGAAAAUUAUUGUGAUUGUUGGUGAUACAUUACCCAGUUUUUGUUGGAUAUAUUUUAUGAAAAUUACCGGCUUCCAAGUUUCUUCUUCAGUCUUAACCUGCGGCUCCGACAUGAAGAUCAAAACCUCCUGCAAGCUGUGCGAGAUCACGUUGGACCAACAGAAGUACGCGGGGUUGAGAUGCACUCAUUCCCCGUUCUUCCCGCCGCCACUGUUGCACCCGGCCACGUUCGGGAUGCACCAAGGGACCACCGCCGGAUCGUAUGUUCAGUUGCCGCAGAUCAGGGAUAUGAUGCUGGCAGCAUAUUUGCUUAGAGGUGAGGUCAUACUUUGA